AUGCCAUUCUUCUCAUGCAUGUUUCUUGUCUUAUUAAUCCUAACAGCACGUCACUCUACACUUUCACUUUCAGAACAAUGUAACCUAUAUGACAGAAAUACCCUACUCCAAAUCAAAAAAGAACUUGGCAACCCAACCAAACUCUCUUCAUGGAACCCAACCACCGACUGCUGCGACAACUGGUACGGUGUUUCAUGCGACUACAACACAUCGCUCUACCGUGUCAUCCAUCUUGGUUUCGACAACCUCGACCUCCCUCAACCCGUUCAAAUCCCACCCUCCAUUACUAACCUCCCUUUCCUCCUCUGCCUCUCUCUCGACAACAAUCCCAACCUUGUCGGCACUAUCCCGCCCACCAUCGCCAACCUCACCAGACUCGAGUACUUUUUCCUCAGCCACACCAGCAUCUCCGGUGAGAUACCCAACACUCUCUCUAAGAACAAACGCCUCUUAAGCCUCGACUUUAGCAACAGCAAACUCACCGGUCCUCUCCCUAACAUCGGCGGAAUCAUUUUCUCCGGCAACAAACUCACUGGUACAAUACCAGAAUCGUAUGGUUCGUUCCCGGAAUCCUUUACAGUGCUGAAUCUUUCGCGAAACCGUCUCUCCGGGAAGGUUCCGGCGUCUCUGGCGAAACUGAACCUUUUGUUUGUGGAAUUAGAACAUAACAUGUUGGAGGGUGAUGCUUCAGUGUUUUUUGGGUCGAAGAAAAGCACUUUCAAGAUAUUAUUAGGGAAGAACUCUUUUUCUUUUGAUAUUGGGAAAGUUGGGUUGUCGAAGGAUUUGCGUGCUUUGGAUUUGAGUAAUAAUAAAAUCUACGGUUCUCUACCUGAAGGACUGACUAAGCUGAAGUAUUUGCAUGAGUUGAAUGUUAGCAACAACAAUUUGUGUGGUCAGAUUCCAAAAGGUGGAGAAAUGCAAAGGUUUGAUGACUCUUCUUACGCUCAUAACAAAUGCUUGUGUGGAUCUCCUCUGGUAGCUUGCAAAGCUUGA